AUGCUCUUCAGCCUCCUGCUGUCGGCCUUGGUGGCCACGGCCCUGGGGGGUCAAGUCAAACCUCGUUGGGGGAAGCCCACGGAGCCAGUCACUUAUACGACAACCACCGUCUGUCCCGUGACGUCGACUGUCACGACAAGGGGAACAACCUACUGCGUCACCUCGCUCACGACCUCCACUAUAACCGUCACCGACUGCAAUGGCUGCUCUGGCGGCGUCACCACUGUCCCUGGACCUCCCGUCACCAAAGGCACCACCACGUUCGUUGAGAUUACUUACACGACCGUCUGUCCUGUUACCGAGACCAUCACCGGCCCGGGCCACACGACGGUGAAGACGCGGACUGCCACCAGCACCAUCGUGACCCAUGUCCCCACAACCAUCGUCAAGAGCAUUCCCGGGCCAACAAAGACUCGCACGAAAACAGAUGUCGUCUUCACCACCUUCACCAGCCUCUGCCCUGUGACUGAAACGACUACAAUCUCCGGCAAGAAGCAGACGAUCACGUUCACCAAGACUAGCGUCAUCGAGACAAUCGUCCCGACGACUGUCCAGGAGACGGUCCGGCAGCCCAACCGCACGAAGACGGCCACUGAGGUACAAUUCUCGACCAUAACAAGCCUGUGCCCCGUCACGGAGACGAGAACCAUCUCAGGGACCAAGGUCACGGUCACUUUCACGACCACGAAGCUAAUUACGACGGCGAUACAAACCACUGUCCCUGAAACGGUCACGAAGCCGGGCCGCACAGUGACAGCCACAGAUGUGGAGUUUUCGACCAUCACCACCGUCUGCCCCGUCACUGAGGUCACCACCAUCUCGGGCACCAGAGUGACUAGGACGUUCAGCACGACAAAGACAAUCCAGACGGCGGUGCAAACGACCAUCCACGAGACGGUCAGGCAACCGGACACUACGGCCACGGCAACGGAUGUCUCCCUUACGACCAUCACGAGCCUGUGCCCCGUCACCCGCGUCACCACCAUCGGCGGCAAGGAGCGGACCAUCACCUUUACCACCACCAAGCUCAUCGAGACCAACAUCCCCACCACGGUCCAGAAGACGGUUGAGCGCCCGGACGUGACCGCCACGGCCACAGAGGAAGAGCUCCAGACGGUGACGAAUAUCCAGCCCGUCACCGAGGUCAUCACCGUCGGCGGCGAGAGGAAGACCAUCGUCCACACGACCACAAAGGUCAUCGAGGUGUCCAAGCCCAAGACGGUAUUCCAGACCGUCACGGAGCCAGGAACCACCGAAAAGUCCCUCGAGGUGGUGUUUGUCACGGAGACGCGCGAGUUCCCCGUCACCAAGACCAUUGUGAUUCCCGGCGGCAAGGUCACCGAGAUCAUCCAGACGACAAGGACCGAGGUCGUCAGCACCCCGGCUACCUUUACCGUCACCCAGUCGGCCCCACCGGUCACCACCACGGCGACGCAGGUGCCCACCGCCGGCGCGCAGACAAACAACGUCCCUGCCGCGGCCGUGUUUGCCGGCGUGGCGGGCUUCAUGGCCCUUCUCUAG